AUGGCGAGCCAUCACCGUGGAGGAGGACGGGCCGGAGGUGGCGGCCGGGAUCAGGCGAACCCGAACGUCGCUCAGGGGGGCAGGGCCUACGGCGGAGGUGGCGGCCGAGGCGGGCAGUACUACGGCGAUGACAGCGGUGGACGCGGUGGUGGCAGGGGCGGUGGCGGCCGUGGUUUCGACGGCCGUGGCGGCGGCUACCAUGGAGGCCGUGAUGGGGGACGAGGUGCUGGCGGCUACCAAGGUGGCCGUGAUGGGGGCGGUGGCCGAGGCUACGGUGGCUACCAGGAAGGCCAUGGCGGAGGCCGAGGUGCUGGCGGCUACCAGGGAGGCCGUGAUGGGGGCCGUGGCGGCAGAGGCGUUGGCGGCUACCAGCAGGAAGGCCGUGGCGGGGGGCGUGGUGGCUACCAGGGAUACGGCGGCCGCGGUGGUGGCAACGACUACUAUGGACGCGGGCAUGGCAGCCAGCAAAGCCAGCGUCCCGAUCUGCGCCAAGCUGGGCCGCCCCUCAUGGAUCGCUACGCGGCCGAGGCCGCUGCGCUGCGGGAGAAGUUCAAGAUGAUGGACAUCCAACGUGACGCGCCCAUGUUCCCGGCGCGCCCCGGGUUCGGCACCGUAGGGCAGCCAUGCGUCAUCAAGGCCAACCACUUCUUCGCCGGCCUCGUCGACAAGGGUCUUCACCACUAUGAUGUGACGAUCUCACCGGAGACGACGCUGAAGGGAGUAUACAGGCAGGUCAUGUCGAAGUUGGUGUCCGAGAAACGGCAGACUGAGCUCGGUGGUCGCCUCCCGGCCUAUGACGGCCGGAAGUCGCUGUUCACCGCUGGCGAGCUGCCGUUCAAGUCCAAGGAGUUCGAGGUCACCUUGCCUGGCAGGACGGAGAGGAGGUACAAGGUGCUGAUCAAGCACGCCACGUCAGUCAGCCUGCACCAGCUGAUGAUGCUCAUGGCCGGCUACCACACGGACAUUCCAGGGCAGGCGCUCCAGGUCCUCGACAUCGUCCUGCAUGACAUCGUGCUCAACGAACGCAACAACAUGGAGUACAUUGCUGUUGGCCGGUCCUUCUUCUCACCGGCCAUAGACACUGUAAAUCUUGGCCUGGGUGCCGAGGGAUGGAAGGGUUUCUAUCAGAGCAUCAGGCCGACACAGAUGGGCUUGUCUGUGAUAGUAGACUUAUCUUCUACAGCUUUCGUUCGACCCCUGCCGCUGAUUGAUUUUGUUAUGGAGAUUCUGAACAAAGAUAACCCGCGGGCCUUCAGAAGUAUUACUAACAUGGACUAUGUGAAGAUCAAGAAGGCCCUCAGGGGUGUGAGGGUUGAAGUCACACACCGAGGAGAUGCAUGCCGAAAGUACCGGAUUGCCACCGUGACGCAAAGUCGUCCUUCUGUAUUGGACUUCGAAUCAUCAUCUGGAGUGCGGAAGACUGUCACGGAUUACUUCAGAGAGGCAUACCAGCUGGAAAUACAGUAUGAUUUUCUCCCGUGUCUUCAAGUUGGCAGUGAUCAGAGGCCAAACUAUCUCCCUAUGGAGGUUUGCAAGAUAGUUCCUGGACAGCAGUAUCAGAAGAAGCUUGAAAGCCAACAGGUAUCUAAGCUAAUGGACUCAAUCUGCCUGCACCCAUCUGUUCGCGAGGGCAACAUUUGUCAGGUUGUUAAGCACAACGACUACAAUGGAACAGAGCGUGCAAAUGAAUUUGGCUUAGAGGUUGACUAUCAGCCUACUUCGGUUCAGGCUAGAGUUCUGCCAGCUCCAACUCUGAGGUACUAUGGUACUGGAUCUGAUAGUAUAUGCAACCCCAAUGGUGGACAUUGGAACAUGAUAAAUAAGAAAGUAGUAGAUGGUGCAAGGGUCCGCAACUGGGUCUGCAUUAACUUUUGUCAUGAUUUACACAUGAAUAUUGUUCAUAAAUUCUGCUCUGAUCUGGUUGGAUGGUCUUGUACUACUGGACUGAACAUGGAUAACUUGAGGCUUCCUAUAUUCACUGCUCGUCCUGAUCAAGUUGAAGCUGAUCUUCGUAUGCGCUAUCAGGAUGCACGGAACAAGCUUGGAGGGCAAAAGAUUGACCUUCUGCUUGCUAUAUUACCAGAGAAAAAUGGUAGCUUAUAUGGAAAUUUCAAAAGGAUUUGUGAGACAGAGAUUGGGAUCAUGUCGCAGUGUUGUCUGGGGAAAUUUGUUACAAGUGCACGUGCUCCGUACUUUGCUAAUGUUGCUAUUAAGAUCAAUGCCAAGCUUGGGGGAAGGAACACAGAAUUUGCUAACCCCCAACAAAGUUUACCAGUUGUUUCGAGCGAACCAACGAUUAUAUUUGGUGCUGAUGUUACUCACCCUGCUGCUCUAGACGAUACUGCUCCAUCCAUUGCUUCUGUUGUUGCCUCCCAAGACUGGCCCAAUGUGGCCAAGUAUAAUGGUGUUGUCCGUGCGCAAGGCCACCGUCAAGAGCUCAUCGAUGGCCUGGAAGACAUUGUUAAUAAGUUAAUUUUACAAAAUGUUUGCAGGGAGCUGCUACGUGCAUUCGAACAAGGGUCUAGGCGGAGACCCAAGCAGCUGAUAUUCUACAGGGAUGGAGUAAGCGAGGGCCAAUUCAAACAAGUGUUGGAACAAGAAAUCCCAGAGAUAGAGAAGGCAUGGAAAGCUCUGUAUAAUGAGAAGCCACAAAUCACCUUCAUAGUUGUGCAGAAGAGGCACCACACAAGGCUCUUCCCCAGUGAUCGCCGCUCGGCGGACAGGACUGGAAAUAUUCUACCUGGCACUGUUAUCGAUAGGAAUAUAUGCCACCCAACAGAAUUUGAUUUCUUCCUAUGCAGCCAUGCUGGUAUCAAGGGAACAAGUCGUCCUACACAUUACCAUGUGCUGCGAGAUGACAACAAGUUCACUGCAGAUGGUCUGCAGUCUCUCACAUAUAACUUGUGCUACAUGUAUUCGAACUGCACUCGCUCGGUGUCAAUCGCUCCUCCUGCAUACUACGCCCACAAGCUCGCAUUCCGUGCCCGCUUCUACGUCAACCAAGGCUCUGAUGUGGCGAGCUCCAGCAAUUUAUCUGCUCGUGCUGCUGGUCCGAACCCACUUCCGCAGAUCAAGGAUGAGCUCAAGAGGUCCAUGUUCUACUGCUAGUCCUUGACCAGUGAAAACC